UUAGACCACCAGCUCUAGACUCCUGGCUUUGAAAAGAGCCACUGCUUGAGCUUCCUUCUCCUUAAAGAAGCCAAAUCGUCCAGAAGACACUCCACCUAAAGGCACCGGCUGCUCUUCUUCUUCCAGGAACUAAAAAUGAGGUGGUUUCUGCUCUUCUCUGAAUGGCUUGUGGACUGGGCUCGUGGUACAUACUGGUACCUGUUUGGCAGGAGAAGUGAACUGUGCAAGGGGACCAUCAGCCCUCCAGGCCCACUAGUUAUAGAUGAAAAGAGAAAAAACAGAGUGCUUCGAAAAGGUAAGCAAAAUUUGAUGAGUUUGAAGUACCCAAAAAACCUAGACGUUAUUGUGAUUGGAAGUGGUAUCGGCGGUUUGACCGCAGCGGCAGUUUUAGCCAAACUAGGAAAGAAAGUCCUGGUGUUGGAGGAAGACAAGCAGGCAGGAGGCCUGUGUAAGACCUUCACUGAAAAAGGCUUUGAGUUUGACUGUGGCUUCCAUUAUUUGGGGCAACUUCAUGAGAAUGGCUUCUUGAAAGUUGCAUUGGAUCUGAUCUCUGAUGGCCAGGUGCAUUUUGCUGAACAGGGUUCCCAUGUGGACACCGUUGUUAUUGGUAAAGGCAAACAACAUAAAGAAUACACUAUCUACAGUGGCAAGAAGCAGAUGGAGACUCAUCUUAAAAAGCAGUUUCCCAAUGAUACUAAGGCGGUAGAGGAGCUUUUCAAAAUCAUGAAGAUCUGUUCAAAAAAGAUCCAUCUGCUGUGUAUGCUGAAGAUGGUCCCACUCUGGUUUGCUCGCUUCAUUCUGUGCAGUGGAAUCGCAGACUUGAUCUCUCCAAUUUUCAGAUACUCCCGCACCAGUACAACAGAAGUGGUCAAGUCUUUCACCAGCAAUCAAGACCUUCUCACUGUGUUCUCUCAAACAUUUUAUGGUGUCCCACCAAAAAACGCCAGCUGCAUGAUCGAUGCCCUCUUCCUGCACCACUCCAAGCGUGGCCGGUACUAUCCUAAAGGUGGUGCCAGUGAGAUCCCAUACCACAUCAUCCAGGUUUUGGAAAAGCAUGGAGGGAAAGUCCUUGUCAGUGCUCCUGUGUCUAGCAUUCUAGUUGAUGGAAAGCAAAAUGUUUAUGGAGUGGCUGUGAAGACAGCGGGUGAAGAUGUUGAAGUUCGGGCUCCUGUGAUCAUUUCAAAUGUUGGCAUGUUCACCACCUUCAAGAAGCUUCUGCCUCCAGAGAUUCAGGCAAAUGCGGACGUCAAGGGCUAUCUUCAUACUUUGAAACCAGGCAAAGGAUUUUUCCAGGUGUUUGCAGGCUUUAAUGCCACCAAAGAAGAACUGGGCAUAUCUUCAACCAACAUGCGACUCUAUAAGAGCAACAACAUGGAUGAAAUGAUGGAAGAAUACUUUGCUUCAGACAAGGAGGACGCACCUGAAAACAUCCCCAUGAUGUACGUCUCCUUUCCCUCUGCAAAGGAUCCCACCUCGAUUACCCGCUUCCCAGGACAGUCACGUAUGGUGAUCCACACUAUGGUCAAUUCAAAGUGGUUUGGACAGUGGAACAACAUCAGUGAGACUGAAAGAGGACAAGAAUAUGAAAAAUACAAGAUGAGAUUUGCUUAUCAUCUCUUUGAUUGGGCUUGUGUCCACUUCCCCAAACUGAAAGAGAAGUUGGUGUUGCUGCAUGCAGUCACUCCCAUAAAUAUGCAUGGGCUGGGGGCCACACAUGGAUCCAUGCUGUCUGCAGAGCACAGUCUGGAGAGAUACCAGCCUCUGAACAUUGCCAUGACCAGAUGCAACACUCCUGUCAAGAACCUCUACCUGUCAGGGCAAGAUGUUUUCUCUGCUGGUUACUCUGGUGCUUUACAUGGUGGACUUCUCUGUGCUUCAAGUGUUGUGAAUCACUGUGUUUACCCUGACCUUCUGCUCCUCCAAAAGAAACUGAAGAGGCAGGCAGUCAAGAAACUAGACUGAAAAAAAAAACUAAAAAAUGUCAAAGAUCUACUGAGAUGGAUAUAUCAGUCUUUAAUCUAUUUCAUUCCCAUUUUAAUGUGUUUUUAAAAUGUAAAAACAGCAACACAAACAGUGAAGGUUUAUCACUAUUAUUAUCUUGAGUAAAUACCCUUAUAUGUUCAGCGAUGUUAACUGCUUGCUUGCUUUGAGUAAGGACCAAAAUGCUGUUAAACAAAAAUAAGUUGAAGUACAAAGCUUGAUCAAAAACAUUUUUGUUUUGAUGUAAAUUUGUCCAAUGUGCUGCUGUUUCCCCUUGCAUUAAAAAUGUACUAAUGAUCAAACAGA